AUGGUCCUGUUCUCGAGGUGGACAAAGCAUUAUUUAGGUUUAGUGCGAUGGAAGAAUGCAACCGGCAUGCGUGAUUUCACCUAUAUUCAAGAGCAUGUCACCAAGUCCCUUCAUGGCAAGAACACAGGCCCUUGGUCGCUUGGAUUCAAGGUGUAUCGUGACGUCAACCAUGGCACUGGAGGACGAUCCAAUCCCUCAUCGUCGUUAUCUUCAGCGAUGCACCAUCAGCAGUCUUCACAAGGCAAGGAUAACAAGCUUAUGUAUCAGGUGACAUUGGGCCAGCAACCAGGACAAGUGUAUUGCAUGGUGGAUGGCAGUGUCGUUGUCGAGGCUGAAAAAGAGUUGGAGAUUAUCCUUUCGAGGUUGAAGAACUUGUGGCAAAUGCGACAAAGCGUGAUGAUCGAGGGUACAAGCUUUGAGAUUGGUGAUUUCACGCUGCGAGUCGCCAAUAUUCUUCUUGGAUCGACCUACAAAGGACUAUUACUAGAGAUCAGUUAUCAUCCUUGCUCGGCACCCAAUGUAGCAGCCGACUUGUUUCGCGAAUUUGUCGAAUCUGUCGUUCAUCCCACAGCUCAAUUGUCAUGCGAAUACGAAUACAACUACGAAAAUGUCGGCUUAAGCAACCAAGACUUCACUUCAGCUCACACAGGCUACCAGUACAUGAUGCUUUUCCGAAACGACGGCCUACUUUAA